CGGAGGAGGAGGCGGCGGCCGAGGCGGAGGGACGACCCGGCCCCACGCCCGCCCGCUCGCGCGCCCGCCCGUGGCCUCGCGUCCGCCGCUGCGCUCGGGAGCGCUGCCGGUCGGAGGGGAGAGCCGGCUGGGGCGCCGAGGGAGGAAGGACGGGGCGGCGGGGCGCCUUCGCGGAGUGAGCCGGCCGGAGCUCGAGGCUCGGAGCCGCGGCGGCUUCGGAGAGUGUUUGGAUUUAAGAACUCUGUUCUCAGGACCCCUUAUUUUACCAUUUGGAAGAGACACAUUCAGAAGAUACUCACUAGGUUGAAGGAGGAGGAGCGGGGAAUCUGAAGACUCCAGAUGACAUCAGAGCUACUUUUCAGCAGCCUUCUCAGUUUCCUUUCUCAGAAAGCAGAGACUCAUAUCUUAGAGACAAUGUGCAACGUCUUUAGCAGAAGAUGCUUUAAAGCAAACAGUGCAUAAAGAUCUUGUCUUCAAAGAUUGGGAACAUUUUUAAAACAGAGUGUACCCGAACACUGAUAUUUACAUUUAUUGGAGAACAAAAGAUGAAGAAGGAGAAGCAGUGCACUCACUAAGGACUGUCUGCUGCUGCUGCCCGCCUGUGUGUUAAGGAAUUCUGCUGCUGCUGCUUGCCUGGGAGUUGAUCAGCUCUGCAGUCGGACUGCAUUGGAGUCUGCCUGCCUUUUAUCUCAUCAUUGCCAGCAGAAAUCCGCGUCGCAAUGUAACAGUACAUCUCUGUCUAAUUACUAUGGAAGGUGAUAAACUGACACUCACUUCUUAAAGUUACAUCUCAUUCACCCACAGAAAACCAUCUUUAAAGUGAAUAGAAACCAAGCCCUUGUGAACACUUCUAUUGAACAUGACUCAUGGAGAAGAGCUUGGCUCUGAUGUGCACCAGGAUUCUAUUGUUUUAACUUACCUAGAAGGAUUACUAAUGCAUCAGGCAGCAGAGGGAUCAGGUACUGCCGUCGACAAAAAGUCUGCUGGGCGUAAUGAAGAAGAUCAGAACUUUAACAUUUCUAGUAGUGCGUUUCCCACCUGUCCAGGUAAUGGUCCAGUUCUCAAUUCACAUGCGUAUCAGGGAUCUGGCAUGCUGCAUCUCAAAAAAGCCAGACUACUGCAGUCUUCUGAGGACUGGAAUGCAGCGAAGCGGAAGAGGCUGUCUGAUUCCAUCGUAAAUUUAAACGUGAAGAAGGAGGCUUUGCUGGCCGGCAUGGUUGACAAUGUGCCUAAAGGCAAACAGGAUAGCACAUUACUGGCCUCUUUGCUUCAGUCGUUCAGCUCCAGGCUGCAGACUGUUGCUCUGUCACAACAAAUUAGGCAGAGCCUCAAGGAGCAAGGAUAUACCCUCAGUCAUGACCCUUUAAAAAUGGAGAAAGAUUUAAGGUGCUACGGUGUUGCAUCAAGUCAUUUAAAAACUUUGUUGAAGAAAAGUAAAGCUAAAGAUCAAAAGCCUGAUACCAGUCUCCCUGAUGUAACUAAAAACCUCAUCAGAGACAGGUUCGCAGAGUCGCCUCAUCAUGUUGGGCAGAGUGGAACGAAGGUCAUGAGUGAACCUUUGUCGUGUGCGGCCAGAUUGCAGGCUGUUGCGAGCAUGGUGGAGAAAAGGGCUAGUCCCGCCACUUCGCCCAAGCCUAGUGUCGCUUGUAGCCAGCUCGCUUUACUCCUUUCCAGCGAGGCUCAUUUACAGCAAUAUUCUCGAGAACAUGCUUUAAAAACACAAAAUGCAAAUCAAGCAGCGAGUGAAAGACUGGCUGCUAUGGCCAGGUUACAAGAAAAUGGCCAGAAGGAUGUCGGCAGUUUCCAGCUCUCAAAAGGAGUGUCAGGCCAUCUUAACGGUCAGGCUAGAACAUCAUCAAACAAACUAAUGGCUAGCAAAGGUACAGCGUUUCCAAGUCCUAUGGGUAUCGUUCCUUCCUCCCCCAAAAAUGCAGGCUAUAAGAACUCACUGGAAAGAAACAAUAUAAAACAAGCUGCUAAUAACAGUUUGCUUCUACAUCUUCUCAAAAGCCAGACCAUACCUAAGCCAAUGAACGGACACAGUCACAGUGAGAGAGGAAGCGUUUUCGAGGACAGCAGUACACCUACAACUAUUGACGAGUACUCGGAUAACAAUCCUAGUUUUACAGAUGAUAGCAGUGGUGAUGAAAGCUCUUAUUCCAACUGUGUUCCCAUAGACUUGUCUUGCAAACACCGAAUCGAAAAGCCCGCACCCGACCAGCCUGUUUCUCUGGAUAACUUAACCCAGUCCUUGCUAAACACUUGGGAUCCGAAAGUCCCCGAAGUAGAUCUCAAAGAAGAUCAAGAUACCUCAAAGAAUUCUAAGCUAAAUUCACACCAGAAAGUAACCCUCCUUCAGUUGCUACUUGGCCAUAAGAAUGAAGAAAACAUAGAAAGAAACAGCAGUCCUCAGGAAGUACACGGCGAGGUGACGAAGUUCAGGACGCAGAAGUACAUGAGGACUUCUGUGAUAGAAAGCCCUGGUACCAAUAGGACUACCCCAGUGAGCACUCCACCGCUGCUUGCAUCCACCAAAGCAGAGUCUCCCAUCAAUCUUUCCCAACACUCACUGGUCAUCAGGUGGAAUUCCCCACCAUAUGCCUGUGGCCCCCAGUCCGAAAGGCCAACGAAUACUGCGUCUAACCACUUGAUGGACCUGACAAAGAGCAAAGAAUUGCAAGGAGAGAAACCAGUCCAAAAUGAAGGUGCACAAAACUCUGCAACUUUCAGUGCCAGUAAGCUGUUACAGAAUUUAGCGCAGUGUGGAAUGCAGUCUUCCAUGUCGGGGGAAGAGCAGAGACCCAGUAAGCAGCUGCUCGGUGUAAACACAGACAGACCUACAGGUGUGAUUGAUAGAUUAAACAGCCCUCUGCUCUCCAAUAAAACAAAUACAGCUGAAGAAAGUAAAGCGUUCGGCAGUCCGGCAACAGGUCCUGAGCCAGGACUCUCUGGUUCAGAAAUAGAAAAUCUCCUUGAAAGGCGCACUGUCCUCCAGUUGCUCCUGGGAAACCCCAACAAAGGGAAGAGUGAAAAAAAAGAAAUGGUUCCCUUAAGAGAUGAAAGCACUCAGGAACACACGGAUAGAGCUUUAAGUGAACAAAUCUUGAUGGUGAAAAUAAAAUCUGAGCCUUGUGACGACUUACAGACUCACAACACCAACGCACACUUGAGCCACGAUGCUAAGGACGCCCCGUUCUUGGGGAUGGCUCCUCCGGGGCAGAGAAGCGCUGCUGCCUUACCGGCAUCCGAGGACUUUAAAUCGGAGCCCAUCUCACCUCAGGAUUUUUCUUUCUCAAGGAACGGUCUGCUCAGUCGACUGCUGAGACAAAAUCAAGAGAGUUACCUGGCCGAUGACCUGGACACCAGUCAGAGAAAUAGUGAACUGACGCUUCUAGAGUCAAAGAAUCUUUGCAUGGCCCCUAAGAAAAGGAAGCUUUAUACUGAGCCCUUAGAAAAUCCAUUUAAAAAGGUGAAAAAUAACACAGUCGAUGCUGCAAACAGUCACAGUGCCCCGGAGGCACUGUACGGGUCCUUGCUUAACCAGCAAGAGCUGAAGUUGAGCCGAAGUGAUCUUGAAUUUAAAUAUCCUGCCAGUCACGGUUCAGCCAGCGAAAGCGAGCCUCGGAAUUGGGCCAGAGAGAGCAAAAGCUUCAAUGUUCUGAAACAGCUGCUUCUCUCAGAGAACUGUGUGAGAGAUCUGUCCCAGCACAGGAGUAACUCUGUCAUCGACAGUAAAAAGAAAGGACACAAAAAUAACGUGACCAACAGCAGGCCUGAAUUCAGCAUUUCCUCUCUCACCGGACUGAUGUGCAGUGCUGCCCAGCCCAGCAGCGGCAUGGACAGCAGGACAUUCCCGUACCCGGGAGCGGCAAAAACGCCUGCCAGCCCUCCUUUCCCCGAGCCCGUGGGCUGCACGGGGUCUCGACCCGAGUCUGGGCUUGUGAAUGGGUGUUCCGUGCCCAGUGAGAAGGGACCCAUUAAGUGGGUCAUCACAGAUGUGGACAAGAAUGAGUACGACAAAGACUCCCCUAGACUGACCAAAACUAACCCGAUCCUGUAUUACAUGCUCCAGAAAGGGGGCAGUUCUGUUACCAGUCGAGAAACACAGGACAAGGACAUUUGGAGGGAGCCUUCAUCUGCUGAAAGUAUCUCACAGGUUACAGUCAAAGAAGAGUUAUUUCCUGCUGCAGAAACUAAAGCUUCUUUCUUUAAUUUAAGAAGCCCUUAUAAUAGCCAUAUGGGAAAUAAUGCCUCGCGCCCACACAGCGCAAAUGGAGAAGUUUAUGGACUUCUGGGAAACAUGCUAACAAUAAAAAAGGAAUCAGAGUAAAAUGUACCUGCCAUCCAUCUUUGGAUCUUUUUAAAACUAACUAGUACGAACUUGAGAUCUGUAUAAAUAAGCGCAUGAUGUGAGAAACAAGCAUGGUAUAAUUGAAGCUUUUUUUAUUUUGAAAAGUAUUGGUUCCUGGUGGUGUUUAAGUCUGCAUACUCCUUUUUGCUUUAUGUUAAUGUCAUGAGGAAGCUACUGAACUAGCAACUGGUGGUUUAACACUUCUGUAUGCAUCAGACAACAACUGUGAGUAGCUAUGAAUGAUACUCUUUUAUAAUCACAAAUAACAGGCAUAAAUUAAAAGGUGAACCUCCAUCCACUGUGGAUUAAUGCAUUUUGCUGCCUUUAUUAGGGUACUUUAUUUUGCUUUUCAGAAGUCAGCCUGCAUAAUAUGUUUUUUAAGUCCCAAAUUGUUAAAUGAUAACUCUUUAAAGGAUAAUUAUUGAAUUAAAAAAACCCUAGUGCUGAUUCACUUCUCAUUCAGUUCAAAAACAAAUUAGAAAAAAAUAUGCUUACAUUUUUCACUUUUGCUAAAAAGAAAAAAAAAAUUAUUUUUAACUCUUGGAAGGGGUUUUAUGGUUCCCCAAAGUGUCUUUCCCACCCCAAUCGUUUUCAAUAUACUGUAUUUCUUUAAACCUUGUACUACUUAGUAAAAAUUGAUUACAGUUGAUGGAAAUUUGAUAGAUCCUUUAAAAAAAAAAAAAGGCGGAUUUCCAUUUUUGUAUUUUAACUACUUUACUAAAUUGAUAUUCCUCCUUUUACAGAAUUAGGAAAGUUAAUAUUUAUCUUCAGGUGGUUUCCUGAAUAGUUGAAUAUUUAAGAAGCUGUUUUUAACAGAAGCAAAAUGGCUUUUCUUUGGACAGUUUUCACCAUCUCUUGUAAAAGCUACUUCUUACCAUUUCUGUGGUACCUGUGAGUUUUAUGACCAGGGUUUCUUAAAGCUGGACUCAGACCACCUGCGCUAGAGUCAUCUGGAGCACUCAUUUUAAAAUGCAGGUUCUUAGGCAGCCUCUCAGCUCUCCAGAACAAGAAUCUCUGCUAAGUGGACCUGGGAAUCUUCCAUCUGCCUCUCAGCACACUCCCCAGGUGUUUCUUCUGCACACUGAAGUGUGGGAACCAUAGCUUAUGACUCUCAGAACACAGGACUGCAAACAGACUAUUUGAUGCCUGUAUUUUCCCCAGUACAGUCACACAUCAACUCAAAAUUUGCAGUAUUGUACUUCAUAUAUUACUGUUAUGUCUUUGGAAAUCUAGUUCAGAAUACUUUUUAUGACCAAAAAAUUGGGUGGAAGGGACAACGUUCAUAUCUGGCUCAACAUCUCAGGAAAAUCUGUGAUUAUUAUGUGUUCUAAAGAGUAACAUCUACUUAAUUAGCCUUAGGGAUGGAACAACAGGGCCACUUACCAAACUCAGGUGAUUCCAGGAUGGUUCGGAAACUCCUCCUGAAUAAUACAUCCUUAACUUCUAUUAAAACCAUCGUCCUAAGAACAGUGCUGACAAAGAUGAAAACAUUUAUUUCAAACCCAAGAAAGGCACUCAACUCAGACUGACUAAACGAAAAAGUACAAAGGGCACAUAUACAUGACAGAAUUGUACACAGUCACUCCAUCAGAUCUAUUAUUUUAAAGUAGUGCUUAAAGUACACAUUGAUGUGUUCUUGGAAGAACUUAAUAUAUUAUUGAGCCACAUGGCGUUUCUAUCUUGAAACAAGCCCAUGGUUUUCAGUUCAGUUUUUACAAUCCACAAUUCAUUCACCAGAUAUUUUUGGUUUUAAUUGUGAACCAGGUUAGCAACUGACCUGUCAAAAAAUUGUUAUAUAAUCAACUAUUAAUUAGAAGGAAAUCUAUUUGAAAUUGUUCUACUUGAAAUUGUUUCUAAGACUUUUAUACUUAAAAUAGGUGUUAUUUCCUAAUGUGAUCUAAAACCCUAAAUGAUUAUUUUUUUUUCUCAAAAUGAUUUGUAAAUAGUUACUGGAUAUAUUAUAAAAUAAUAGGAGUGACUAGUAUGCUACGUCACAAAGAGAUGAAGGCAUAUGCUUGUUCUGAAGUGAGAAUUCCACUGGCCGGUGAGUAGAUUCAACUCCAUCCCGUAUUUACUCUGUGACAAUCUUAUUGUCUACAUGAUAUAAAUUAGUUCUUAAACAAGUCAUUUUUUUUCUGCCACUGUGAAAGGUCUGGAACCUUAGAAGUAUGCUAGAAAAAAUUUUGGUAUUACCCUUUGGUUAAGGGAAAAUGGUCUUUUUUUAACAAGGGAGUGAAAUUUAGGUCAGGAAAAAGAUCACAGGCCAGCAUUGCUUUUUUGCUUGUUUCGUUGAUUGGUUGUUUUUGUUGUUAUUGUUGUCAACAGUUAAAAGAAAUGAAAGAUACAUGAUACAUAAAUAAAUGUGACCACAGAGAAAGCAGUUCUGAUUUACUAGAGAGUGUCCCCAAUUUGAGUUCAGUAUGAUUUUAAAGAAGAGCAGUGAGAAAGGGCGUACAUCCGUAAAUUCACUUUGUUUAUGGCUGUGUAGAUACAAGGAUGCACAUACACACAUUUUCAAGGACUGUUUUAGAUAUCUAGACAAUUCCUUCCCAAUAAAAUGAUUUGUGAAAGGGUACUACAGCUCUCAUUGACAUCAGUAAGAUAGCAUUACCUGUUCUCUGCUGCAUCUUACAGAAGAGUAAACUGGUGAGAGUAUAUAUUUUAUAUAUAUAUAUAUAUAAUAUGUAUAUAUAUAUAUUGACUUGUUACAUGAAGAUGUUAAAAUCGGUUUUUAAAGGUGAUGUAAAUAGUGAUUUCCUUAAUGAAAAAAUACAUAUUUUGUAUUGUUCUAAUGCAACAGAAAAGCCUUUUAAUCUCUUUGGUUUCUGUAUAUUCCAUGUAUAAGUGUAAAUAUAAUUGGACAGGUUUAAAAAUUGUGCAUGUAUGUAUACAGUUGCAAGUCUGGACAAAUGUAUAAAAUAAACCUUUUAUUUAAGUUGUGAUUACCUGCUGCAUGAAAAGUGCAUGGGGGACCCUGUGCAUCUGUGCAUUUGGCAAAAAUGUCUUAACAAGUCAGAUCAGAUGUUCAUCCCAACAUGACAGUAUUCCAUUUCUGGACACGGCUUCUGUGGUUUCAGCUUUGUGAAAGAACGUGCUUUGAAUCCAAGGGUCUUAAAACUUUUUAAGUCAAGUCAACCACUUUUCGUCAUAAAGAGUUCACACAGUACUUUCAUGAAUUUUUUAAUUCCAUUGGAAACAUAAUAAUAUACCAGGAGUAUUCCAGUAUCCUGGAAUAUAGGCGCAUUACCGUUCAUGGUAUGAAUUCUGGGGUUUACACAAGCAAUUUUGAUGCAAUCUGCUCAAAAGUAUGAUUUGUCAUUUUUAUUAGAAUUUAAUUUCUUCAUGUGAUGUCAUGAAACUGUACAUACUGCAGUGUGAAUUUUUGUUUUGUUUUUUUAAUCUUUUAGUGUUUACUUCCUGCAGUGAAUUUGAAUAAAUGAGGAAAAAAAAAUUGG